AUGCCACGGCACUGGCUGCUCAAGGCGGAGCCGGAGAGCCGCCUCGUCAAGGGCGUGGAUGUGGCAUUCAGUGUAGACCUCUUUGAAAAAGUGCACACAUCGCCUUGGGAAGGCGUGCGGAACUACCAGGCCCGCAACUUUUUGCGCGACGACAUGAAGGUGGGGGACGCCGUGCUAUUUUACCACAGCAACUGUGCCCUGCCAGGCAUUGUCGCCCUCGCUCAUGUAUGCAAAGAGGGCUAUCCAGAUUCCACAGCAUGGGACGCGCAUCAUCCAUAUUACGAUGCCAAGUCCCACCCCGAUGCGCCACGUUGGUACAUGGUGGACGUGGCGUUUGAGCGGCGGCUCACACACCCCGUGCCAUUGGCUCUUUUACAGCACAUGACUCGUGCGCUGACCGAGUCACAACGCCAGGACGUGUCGUACCUGACGCAGGAGCACCUCGAAGCAUUAUCCCACAUGGCCCUCCUGCAUCGCUCCCGCCUCAGUGUCCAGCCCGUGGAUCCUAUGGCCUACGAGGCAAUUCUACUCCUAGGCGAUCGCGGCGGCUUUGAGCAUUGGCCCGGCAAGUGGGCACCGACCGCACCGCCGCCCCCCAAGCGCCGGCGGCGCGCGCUGACAGCGGGGGCGCCGUAG